CCCGGCGGACCGGAUGUUGUUGUUAGCACCGCGGUGGAGGAGAACGUGCGGUAGCCUCGCACACAUCUGGAUGUUCUAAAGGUUCUAAAGAUGGCGAAAAACAGAGAGUGCAUCCUCUGUGAAACAGUCCACUCCUCCAAGCAGGAGAUGGAUGAGCACAUGAGAAGUAUGCUGCACCAUCGUGAGCUGGAGAAGCUCAAAGGCCGAGACUGUGGACACGGGUGCAGAGUGUGCAAGGUGACGGUGGUGAGCCUCACCGACUACGCCAGCCACAUCUCCAGUUCCACGCACAAGCAGAAUGUGGAGGCUGCAGAACGAAGGAGUGCUAGGAACGACCAUGACGAGGAUUACUUCGAUCGGGCUUUGGUGGACCUGAUCGAGAAGAGAAAAGAAAACAUCAGAAAAGAAAAGGAGGCUGCUGCUGCAAAACUGGCAAAAGAAGAAGCGGAUCGAAGGAGAAAGGAGGAGUUUCAGCAGAGGUUAAAAGAAACCAAGGAGCGUUACCGACAGGAGUGUGCCUGGAAGCAGCAGUCACAGGGGUUCAGUGGAUCCGGUCACCACAGAACCUGGUACGGGGGAAACCAAUAUAACGCCUACAGAGGGGAGCCACAGCCCUGGCAGAACGGCACACAGGGAAAGAGCGCCACCUGGCAUGCUCGGGAGCCUCCCAACUUCCAGAGGUGGGCGUCUGGAGAGUUCGCCGGUGGGAACGUUCACUGCCAGGACGGUUUCGCCAACAUGCAGCGGGAUCAGGGUCAAUGUUCUGGCAACCAACGAAGUCGACUGCCUUGGCUCAGCAACGGAGGGAGCAGUAACGGGGUCUACGGUCGAAACAAUAUUUCCCAGAACCCGCAGAGGAGCCGACCCCUCAGCUUUCUCGAGCCUUUUCCUUCGUAUCCACCUCCACCCAAUUUUUUUAACCGGGCUAACCAGUUUCAAAAUAUAGGCAAUGACCAGGGAGGUCAGCAGGGUGAUGGGUUUCAGAACGGUCAGGGGCAAAUGGCAGAACCUGAUCACAACACGAGUAAGAGCUCUAAGACCUUUGGUAGCAAUCCAAAGCUGGACAAAGCCUGUCGCUGGUCUCCCUAUCCAGUCACAAAGGGUUUCGAAUCUGCACCCCAUAAAGACACCAACCCAAACUCAUCAGAGCAUCACACCAAAGUCCCCAAACCCCAGACACAAGACAAGGCCCGGGACACCAGUGCCUUUAACAGACCGUCCCGACCUGAACGGAAACCGGUGCAGAUGACCCCGAGUGGACAAAGUGUGGAAGAGAAAGGAAAGCAGAAACCGAACCCCAAAACCAAAGCCAGAGAUAGUAGUGACAACAGCAGUAGUAACAGCAGCAGUAGAAGCAGCAGUAGUGCUCAGAAAGAUGUUCACCAGAACGGCACAUCUGAUCCUCCCAAUCAGAAGGCGAAUAAGCCAAUGCCCCAUAAAGAGAAGAAGAUGUCCUCACUUCCUUGUCUCAACGGUGGAGCUCAACUCAGCAAGGCCUCCAGUCUAGCGCUCCCACAAUCAAAAUCAACCCCAAAGCAGAGCGGGAUCAGUUCUCAGGCUCCUCUCGUCGGGCCCCUUCAGUCCAGGCAAGAACGGCAGCUCCCAGAAACGCUCAAGAAAGCCAGACAGAUUGUGUUAGAAAAGAGGGGCUCUCUGGAAAGCUCCAGAAACAACAGGAUGGAAAUGACGCUGCACAUUACGGAGGAGCAGCAGAGGGAUCGAUCACAGAUUCAGAUGGGAGUGAAUAAGGAGAACAGGCAGAAUGCAGCUAAACCAGAGGUGCCGGAGUCCGUCAGGCCAGACAAGCCAGCGUUGCAAUCUUCAGACAGCAGCCAGUUUCUCCAAUCGUUGCAAGUUAGCACCUCGACCGCGGAGAGCUCGGAGCCCGCAGUCUCCAGCCAGGACGACAAGGACAAGGAAACACAGGCGGUCGCCCCGGACGAAGCGAUGCAGACCGUCGACGCAGGGCAGAGCUCGGAGAGUGACACCUCCAGGAGCGGCGAAGCUCAGACGGUGUCGGGUUCCAGCACGUCAAGUCUGUCCAAGCUUGAUCUGCCUCCCGUCUUGAAACGUGACCUGACCAAACACAUCAGCUCCAAGAGCAAAACCGGUGGCCACGAGCCCAACCUGAACAUCGCCAGACGGGUGAGAAACGUGAGCGAGUCGCGGAGAAGCGACACGGAGAAGGACUCGGGGCUCAAACCGACGGUGCGGCAGCUCCUCAGCUCCUCUGGCUCCCGACGCAACGUGAACUGGGAUCAGGUGUAUCAGGAGGUCAGGAAGAAGCAAGACAAAGGGAAAGGCAAGCCAAGGUUUGGCAUAGAGAUGGUGCCGAUGGACCAGGAGGACCAAAGCCAGGAGGAAGAUGGCAUCCCCCUGCUAGAGGGUUUCCAGUGGGACUCGUUGGCGGACAUCCCCACCUCCAGAAAACGCUCGUUAUCAGAGAGCAGCAUCGCCCCGGCCUCCACUCACUCCCUGUUCACAUCCCUCAUGUCCAAGGAGACGGAACAAAUAGAAGCCCUCAGCCCAGAGAACCAGGGAUCCUCCGUUUACCCCAAUCUCACAUUCGCCCAAGGGAACAAAGACAAUCAGCGUCAGCAAGAGGUGGAGCAGAUGCUGGACCAGUAUGAGGCUACAGCCCAGAAGCAGCCGGAGAAGCUAACGUCUGCGACGGUGAAGGUCCUCCAGCGGUCCGAUUCAGUGCUCGGGGACAGCAGCUCGGGGACGGAGCUGUUAGACGGCCAGGGAACGGGAAAGAGGCGGAGAGCGACUGGGGACGUUCCAAGUGCGGAGACGUCUUGCUUGGAACACAACAACAAAAGAAGGAAAGUCAAAUCCAAAAAGGAGCGUUUACAGAUCGACCAGCUGCUGGCCGUGUCGCUGCGGGAGGAGGAGCUUAGUCGCUCGCUGCAGACGGUGGACGCCAGCCUGAUCCAGGCCCGGGCUGCACUGGAGGCCGCCUACAUGGAGGUGCAGCGUCUCAUGGUGGUGAAACAGCAGGUGACUGGAGAGAUGAGCACGCUGAGAAACAAGCGCAUUGAUUUACUCAAAGGGAUGCAAGGUAAUUUGGAGGAAGCGCCUCAGAUCAAACUGAAAGAAGAAAAGAUGGAUUCAGUCGAAGCUGAGCCCCACCUGCCCUCCUCCAUGCUGCUUCCCUCUGUCGCCGUCACGGCCGCUGCCCCCAGUCUAAGUCUUCCUGCCGAGCCCGCCUCCCCUCCCUCCUCCAGCCUUCCCUCCAUGCCUGUACUUAUCAAGCAAGAGCCUCAGUCUCCUGUCCAUGUCAGCUCAGAGCCGGACCCUGUGGACAUCAUGACCCACUGUGCUCACAGCACCACCCCAGAGCUGUCAGCCGCUCUUGCUGCGGCCUCUUCACCAGAUCCUGCCCUUCACUUUCGUCCAUCUCCUGAAACAAAACAGCCUGAGUCGCACACAGAACAUAGUUGGGAGAACUUCAACGACCCUGCAGACUGCAAAGAGAGCUUAUCAGGCCUUGUUGAGACAAUGGAGAAGACCACACAGGCGUCCAGGAACUGUCUCACCCCUUUGCCCGACUCCAAAUCCUCCAUAAAUCUUCUCCCACUCAGCAGGAGGAGCUCUGAGGCGGGCAGCGUUGUCGACUGUGCAGCUCCACAUUCCUUUGAGCCCCCGUCCGUCCUCAAUCUGCCCGCCUCCCCGUCCGAACUGAGGAACGGGAAGCGUGUGAGGAAGCUGAAGAAGAGGAAGGUGCUGAAGAAGGCCCAGGGGACGGAGCAGCCCGAGAGCAGCGACACCGAGAUAGAUGGCGACGCCUUGAGGCCGAGGUUUCGACCGCGCAGGAGACCAAGCGGGGGCUCUGUGGUCAGCACCUCCACUCCGCCUUCGGAGGACAGGGAGGGCGAGGUGAACAUGGAGUUGGGCGAGGAGUGCUCCAGGCGGCUGUUUCCGCCGGUCAAACUUGAGAAAAAAGACCUCAAUUGCCACAAACUUAAGUUGGACUCGGAUUCAGAAGAAAACAUGGAGGUCACGGCAGACGGUCAGCAGCCCCACGUGGACGUCCUGGUUCCAGCUCCCCCUCCGGUUCAGGUCCCAGACUCCUCCAGAACAGAGCCGCAGAGACUUGCCUGCAACGAGGUCACCUCCACCAGCGACAUGGAUGUGUGUCGAUCCUCUGAGAGCGACAUGCCGUUUCCCACCACGUCAGUCAAGAUCAUAAAGAUCUCGUCGGAUGCCUCGUCUGACCACGGUGAGGAUGAUUUGCCCACUGAGGGUGUGUUCGAGGGCCACCAGGAGGCGGUGAACGCCAUGCAGAUCCACAAUGGACUGCUGUACACGUGCUCCGGAGACCGCACCGUCAGAGCCUUCGACCUGGUGAGUCACAAAUGUGUCGGCGUGUUCGAGGGUCACAGCUCCAAAGUGAGCUGCCUGUUGGUGUCCGUGGCUCCUUCUCUGCAUCACCGCCUUUACUCUGGUUCCAGUGACCAGACCAUCUGCUGCUACAGCCUCAAGACGCGAGAGCUGGAGCAGCAGUUCUCUCUGUCGGACCGAGUCCUCUGCCUCCACAGUCGAUGGAAGAUGUUAUUCGCCGGUCUGGCGAACGGCACAGUGGUGACCUUUAACCUCAAGACAAACAAGCAGAUGGAUGUGUUCGAGUGCCACGGGCCGCGAGCCGUGAGCUGUCUGGCCUCGUCACAGGAGGGGGCCCGACGGAUCCUGCUGGUCGGCUCCUUCGACAGCACCAUCAGCGUGAGGGACGCCAAGAGCGGCCUGCUGCUGCGCACGCUGGACGGACACACCAAGACCGUGCUCUGCAUGAAGGUGGUCAACGACCUGGUAUUCAGUGGCUCCAGUGAUCAAUGUGUCUACGCACACAACAUCCAUACAGGAGAGCUGGUGCGGGUCUAUAAGGGCCACAGUCACGCUGUGACGGUCGUGUCCGUCCUGGGGAAGGUGAUGGUGACGGCUUGUCUGGACAAACUGGUGCGAGUCUACGAUCUACAGUCUCACAACCAGCUGCAGGUCUACGGUGGACACAAGGACAUGGUGAUGUGUAUGGCCAUCCACAAGAACAUGAUCUACACUGGCUGUUACGACGGCAGCGUGCAGGCCGUCAAGCUGAACCUGAUGCAGAACUACCGCUGCUGGUGGCACGGCUGUUCUGUGGUGUUCGGGAUGAUGGAGCACCUGCAGCAGCACCUGAUCAGCGACCACACCAGCUCCACCUCCCAGGUGUUUAAAUGCCGCUGGAAAAACUGUGAAGAGUUUUUCUGUGCACGCAACAGUUCCAAGCAGGGGAUGCAGGUGCACAUGCAGAAACAUGCUGAGGAGGACGCUGAGCCGGAGCCUUAAGGGCUGCUGGUGGAGAUGUUGUCUCUCCUCCUCCCUUCUCUGCUAUCUUUAACCUCCCAUAUUGGGGGGGGAUGUUUUUUGGGACCCACUUGACUUCUCAGCGCUCCUGUUGAGCCUGACGAGUGGAGUCCGACGCCUCCAUCCUUUAUGUUCGGUGUUGGAAUCCAACCAUAAUACAAUCGUGAAAAGGAGGGUUGGUUGUGCUGUUGUUAUUUGUUUUUUUACGUUCUACAAAAACACGCCUUCCUCUCUCUCUCUGUCUCUCUCUCUCUCUCUCUCUCUCUCUCUCUCUGACCACUGCAGUUCCUCUUUUUACUGACCAAAGUAAGACAAAGAAACACGUGACUUUUGUUUAUUGAAGAAACUUCAGUGUUGCCGGUAUCUGAGCGUGUUGUUCUGUUUUUCUCUGUCAAAAACUGCAACAUAAACAGACAGUCGUCCUCUUUCUUGGUCGGCUACGAUAUGGCAUGGGCUCAGAGAUGUUUUUAUUGUUGUAGUGCAGUCGUGAUGUGUCAUGUAGAGCAACCUGUAGUUUGUUUUUUCUUUAAUUAAGUUGCCAUUAUUCACUCACAGUGAAAACAUUUUGUUGAUGACAGUGAUUUAAAAGUUUUCCCAGAUCGUUUCAUAAUUCAGUGUGAUUAUUUGUGUUGAAGGAGUUUCAUUGACGUGACAAUUUUUAACAAACGUCUUUCUUUGUUUUGUCAGCAUUUUAGGUUUACAUUAUUAUUUAAUUUUUUGUUGUUGCUCAGUGAUAUUAAGGCGUUGAGGGGAUUUUGGUGGGGAGUUGAGUUACUUGGCCUGAAGAUGCCAUUUUGAGAAUUUGCAUUUGCAGUGAUAACAGAGCCGAGGUGUGUGUGUGUGUGUGUGUGUGUGUGUGUGUGUGUGUGUGUGUGUGUGUGUGUGUGUGUGUG